AAGGCCUGAAGCCUAGUGUCCUGCUGUGUUUAAAAGAGGCACAGUUCUGGGAGCACUGCAGUUUUAUCCAGGUCUUCGGACAACAGGCUCCAAGUUACAGUGUUGUCAAGUUCUUAAAAGCAGGGCAAAGGAAUAUCUGGCCAACAAAUUGCAUCAACUCCCUCAGCCGGAAGCUUUGAAAUCAGCCUCUGAGAAAACACUCCUCCCUGCAAAAGGUUGGAUGGUACAGUCUGAAUUGAUUUAGGAAUUUGGGAAGAAUUCAGCUGAUCACUAGCCUGGGUUCCACCUCUGCAAACUGGAAGUACAUCUCUGCCUUGGGACGUGAGGCCGAUGCUGCCUGACCCGUUGAGUUCUCCCAGCUGUUCUUUGUUCUUUGCUGUCAAGAGUUGAUCACUUUGCUUUGGAUCUGGAAUCAGAUAAAGCCCGCAGCAGUUCAGAACAUCAGAUAUCCUUCCCUGAGAGAUAUUAGUCCUUUGAUGGAUUGUGUGCCCCGGCUGUGAAGAAUGUCUCAAGAAUUCAUAAACUUAACGAGCUCGGACCCUGAGACGCGACUUGGUCCAAGUGACCUGCAACUGGAUGAGGAUGAUGUGGAUCACAUGGAGUGGGAGAGGAGCGCAGAUGAGCUGCCCAGUCCCUUUCUGUUGGUCUAUAACAUAAAACCAUUCAAAGAGCGGAACCGUCAGGUGUUCCUGAGAGGAGUACCCAUCACCGUCCAUGUCGAAGGCAUCGAGCGGCACCUUCGUGGAUUCAAGGUUCGGCCGAGCACCGUUUAUAUGAUGAGAAUAACCCACGGGGACUUCACCUGGACCCUGAAGAAGAAGUUCAAGCAUUUUGAAGAACUGCACAGGGACCUGAUGAAGCACAAGUUCAAGGUUCGGGUCAUUCAACCCUUAACCAGGUUGGCUGCACCACAAGGACUGAGACGAGAGCCCGGAGUUGCCAUGACAAUGCCCGCACUCCCUCACCAGCCAGAGUGGGCCUCCAUGAGGCAAGCUUCCAGUAAACAGAAACGCCUGGAGGAAUAUCUGAAUGCUCUUCUUGAGAAGUCUUUCUACAGAAACUACCACGGAAUGAUGGCGUUCCUGGAUGUAAGUGAAUUGUCAUUCAUUCAAGACUUGGGUCCAAAAGGAUUGGAGGGAAUGAUUGUAAAACGCUCUGGAGGACACAGAAUCCCUGGUUUAAACUGUUGUGGUCGCCAUCGAGUCUGCUAUCAGUGGUCAAAGAGGUGGAUUGUUAUCAAGGAUUCUUUUCUGCUCUACAUGAGACCGUCCAAUGGUGUCAUCUCCUUUGUCCUUCUGUUUGACAAAGGCUUCAACGUUCAAGUUGGUAGCCGGGAGACGGGAGCCAAGUAUGGCGUAAUGAUCGAAAACCUGUCCAGGACUCUGAUAAUUAAGUGCAGCAGCUAUCGUCAGGCCUGUUGGUGGAAACAGGAAAUCACCAACCUGGCAGAGAGACAUGGUCAGGAUUUCCUCACGGAACAUCGCUUUGAUUCAUUUGUUCCUGCUCGCCAUAGUAUCCAAACCCGAUGGUUUGUGAAUGGCAGUGGGUAUUUCUCCGCAGUUGCAGACGCUUUGAACCAAGCCAAGGAAGAAAUCUUCAUUGCUGAUUGGUGGUUAAGCCCUGAGGUUUAUCUGAAAAGACCGGCAAAGGACAACUACUGGAGGCUAGACAGUAUCCUCAAGCGUAAGGCGGAACAAGGAGUGAAGAUCUUUGUGCUGUUGUACAAAGAGGUGGAGCUUGCCUUGGGCAUUAACAGCGGAUACAGCAAGAAGAUAUUGCUCUCCCUGCAUUCAAAUAUAACGGUGAUGAGGCACCCCGACCACGUCUCGUCAACCGUGCUGCUCUGGGCGCACCACGAGAAGCUGGUGGUGAUCGAUCAGACGGUGGCCUUCCUUGGAGGCCUGGACUUGGCCUACGGGAGAUGGGACGACCAGGAGUACCGCCUCACUGACUUGGGGAUGGCAGACCAAGUGAAUCACAGACCGGACCAGGCCAUGAACCACAACGCACGGGGGCACCUGGAGGAACGUGACGGGAGUGAAGGCAUCAGGAUUGCAGAAGACAAGGAGCUCCAAUCUCAUUACCAUUCGGAGCCGACAGAGUGCAACGUUGAUGGAAAGUUCUGGCUUGGGAAGGAUUAUUGCAACUUCAUUAAGAAGGACUGGGUGCAGUUGGAUAAGCCUUUUGAGGAUUUCAUUGACCGAAAUUCAACUCCACGUAUGCCUUGGCGUGACAUCGGUGUGGUUGUCCACGGGGGAGCAGCGCGCGAUGUGGCACGGCACUUCAUUCAGCGAUGGAAUUUCACCAAGAUCGUGAAAAUCAAGUACAAGUCUCCCUGCUUCCCAUACCUGUUGCCAAAGUCUCAGACUACUGCUGACAACCUACCGUUUGUGGUUCCAGGAUCCAUUCCAGCUAAUGUCCAGGUUCUCCGGUCUGUGGAAUGUUGGUCCGCAGGGUCAAGUGAGAACUCCAUCUACAAUGCCUACUUGCAAGUGAUUCGUGACAGUCAACACUUCAUAUACAUCGAGAAUCAGUUCUUCAUCACCUGUGCAGAUGACCGCAGUGUGUAUAAUCAAAUCGGAGAUGUGAUCGUAGAGAGAAUUCUCAAAGCAUACAGGGCAAAGAAGAACUAUCGUGUCUACAUCGUCAUCCCAUUGUUGCCUGGCUUCGAAGGAGACCUGUCCGCCGGCGGUGGCAAUUCUAUCCAGACUAUACUACAUUUCACUUUCCGGUCCAUGUGCAGAGGAGAAUAUUCAAUAGUCGAGCGUCUGAAAAAAUACAUGGGGGAUAACUGGGUGAACUACAUCACAUUCUGUGGGCUGAGGACUCAGGCCAAAUUGGACAACAAGCUGGUGACAGAGCUCAUCUACAUCCACAGUAAGAUGUUGAUUGCGGAUGACCGUCAAGUGAUCAUAGGUUCAGCAAACAUCAAUGACCGGAGCAUGCUCGGUAAGAGGGACAGUGAGAUGGCUGUUCUUGUAGAAGAUAGCGAGAUGGAGACGUCUGUAAUGGAUGGCCAAGAGUUUCAGGCGGGACGGUUUGCACUCAGUCUCCGGCUCCAGUGUUUCAAGAUACAUCUUGGGCUCUCUGAUGCGGAGAUGGCAGGGGUUCAGGACCCGGUGAGUGAUCAGUGUUUUCAGGAGAUCUGGAAUGCCACGGCUACCCGGAAUGCAGCCAUUUAUGACCAGGUUUUUAAAUGCCUCCCCUCGAAUUCUGCUCCAAACCUGGCAGAACUGCGCGAGUUUGUGUCAGCACCUGACCUCGUGACUGAGAAUCCAGAGGAAGCUCAGGAGAAAAUCAAAGACAUCCACGGCUUCUUGGUCCAAUAUCCACUCUAUUUCCUGUCCGGCGAACAUCUCCUCCCCCCAUUGAACAGUAAAGAAGGUAUGGUCCCAAUUGAAGUUUGGACCUAAUCAGAGCAGGCGGCUUUUGGCUGAGACUACUAGCUAAUUGAAGAAACACUUGGACCAGCUUCAAAUGUUAGUCCCUACUUUUGUACCUUUCCUUUGUUAAUGUAUGUAAUGGUCCAUUUGAGUGACCCAAGUGGGAGGUCACUUGGAAACCGGAGUUGGUUAAAAGACUGGAUGAUCGAUCGGAAUGGCUUUCUUAUUUGAAGUCUUCCUCUCACCCUUCUGCCAAUCGUGUUUCAUGGGGGUAAAAAAAAUUGGGAAUACAGUCAGCUGAUGAGAUUGAGUGUGUCACCCAAAAAAGUUUUCAAGGUGACUUUGGAAGGCUGAAGAAGAGUGUCCGGCUCAGGAGCUGUUGGGUGGCACACUUCUCUCAGGACCAUCUCCAUUUCCGCUGUUUACAGUUUCCCGUGGUCACUUUUUCUAACGUGUAUUGUUUUCAUUUUUUUUAUUAUUAAAUCAUGAAAAUGAAAGGUUACAGGAGCAAUAUCUUCAAGAAUUCUUCACACUGUUACCAGCAUCUCUGAGAAAUUGGAAGGAACACUGUGCAGUUUGGUUUUUGCUUCAAACUACUGAUAAAAUGUUUUCCUGGCUGUGGACCAGGGCUUUUA